CGAGAGCGAAAAUGGAAUUUGCGAGUUGAUGUCAUCUCACUAUUGGUAUGUAGAAAGAUAGGAGGGGGUUGCAAGAUAAGUACCGGUACCUAACCCUAAAACCCCCCCCCUCUCUCCUAGAGAACCGGGGGAGCGCCCAAAAUGGCAGCAGGAGCAAAUUCGAAUAUAUUUGAGACUCUAUCGUCACUUGCAUCACCUCCAUCGAGCCGACCUACCUCGCCGCCGCCAUCGAACACGUAUACACACCGAACCGCUUCACCGUCACCGUCUUACCCAUGCCGAACCGAUUCACCAUCAUCGUCCAACGCGUCGCAAUCCUUCCGAACAAUUCGGUCACGUCACACCAUGUUCCCAUCUACAUGGAAAUGCGUAGCUGCAUCCCUAACGCAGCUAGCAACAUGCGGCUUCAUAUACGCAGAAGAGAAUAAGGAUUAAGAAUAUAUAUGUACCUGCUUAAUCUGCGAAAUGGAGAUUAUGUUACCCUACAAAGCUGCAAAACUAAGCAACAAAGAUCUGCUUAAGUUCUAUAAGCAAGACUGUC